AUGUAUCUGAAAAAUUUAGAAUUUUAUAGUGGAAGUGGAUAUAAGCAAUCAGGUUUCUUAAAAAAGUGGAAGGAAAAACUUUUAGUUUUUAAUUUGAAUACAAAGGUAAUAAAUAAUGGAAUAUUUAGGUAUUAUAAAUAUAAGAUGCAAAGAAUCAAACUCAAAAAUAAAUAGAUAUUUCAAAUUAUAACUUAAAGAAGUUGGGAAAGUAUUAAGAGAAAUGGUCAAUAAAACUAUCAACAACAUCGAAUGAAGUUAAAUUGGGAUGGAAUAGUGAAAAAGAAUUUUAGCAAUGGAUCGAUUGUUUCACUGGGGAAUGGUAGAAAAAAUAAGAACACUUAAGAUUUUUAGAGGAAUUCGAUAAAUCUCAUCCAGAGAUUGAGCCAUAUAUUGAAAAAUAACCAUUGAUAUUUCGACCAAAACAAAGCUUAAUGAUUCGUGAUAAGAUUGAAAAUAUGAUUCCUCAUUUACCAUAGUUCAUUUAAGUAAAGAAAAAGAAUAAACAAAUAGAAAGAUAUGGAGAUUCUACUAUAAAACACAUUAUAGAAUUUGGAUGGUUUUAGUGACAUUCAAAAUUUCAAACAAAUUUUAGAUUAAGAAAAUGCAAAAUUGUAUCAGGAUCCAAAUGAUAAUUUGCAUAUGAAAUUAGUUUAUUAUUCAAAGAUUGAACCUCGAAGAAUCUAUGAUGUAAAUAAUGAUUUAUUUAUUUAUUUAAAGGAACAUGUAAUGCCAUCAACAUAAAAUUGGUUACCUGAUGUAAUUAAGCAAUUUUAAGUAUUUCCAACUAAGAAAGGAUGUAGUUUGGUAUAUUUAGAAUUUGAGUUUAAAGAAGAUUAUGUAAUACCUAGAUAGCAUAGUAUAUAAGAUGAAGAACGAUAAGAAGAAUAGAAUAAUUUUAAAUUUCAUUCAUCUUAAUCACUAAAUUAGAAUGAAUAAGAGGAAAACAAUAAAAUAAGAAUAGUAUUUACAUAAAAAGGAUUUGAGAAAGAUGGUAUCUAUUGUGUAUUUCGUAAAUAUACAGGAUAAGAAAUGUAUCAUGAUUAGAUUGAUAGAAAUCUAGCAAAUUAAUUAGGCAAAUAUAAGAUAAUUAGAUCUGCUCUUGUUGUAUAACCUUCAAAGUAUAAAAAAUGAUAUCAUUUAGCAAACAGGAGUUUAAAAGUUUACUAAUAGAAGAAAUAUAUGUGGAUUGUAAAGAUUUAGAUGCAGGAGAAAAGUUAUUAAAAAUCCUAUUAUUAAAUAUAACAUCUUCAGACAGAAAUUUGAUGUAAAUUUAAUAGGAAAUAUAAUAAAUAACUGAAAAUGUGGAAGUAAAGAAUUUAGAACUAUUUGAAACCAUUUAAAUCUCUAUAAAAUUAACAGAAUCUGAUAUACAAAGAAUAACAUCUGAAUAACAUUAAAUUUAAUCAAAGGAAGAAUUCUAAAAGUUAAUUGAAAAGGUUGGAAAUGGACAAUAUAUUUUAGAUGCAAUCUCAUAAUAUUCAGAUCAAACUAUUGUUUCUGGUUUAGACAAACAACUACAAACUAAUGAUGAAGAAGGUCAUUUCUUAUAUACUAAAUUCUAUAGAGUUGAUAACAAUAAAGGAGGUUUAACAUAUCAUAAUGAAAGAUUAUUGAAGGAUUAAAGAUCUGUUCUCUUAAAUAUGAUAAAAAGGAUGGGAUCCAAUCUUAUAUAAGGAAAGUCUGUAAUGUCUGUCUCUUUGCCUAUCUAAAUUUUUGAAAGUAGAUCAUUUUUAGAGAGAAUGGCUAGAGCUUAAGGACAUGCUCCUAUAUUUUUAGAACUUGCAGCUAAAUCUAAUGAUCCUUUACAAUAAUUGAAAUAGACUAUUGCUUUUCAUAUGGCUAGUUUUAUGAUGGGAAUUCAGUAAGAAAAACCAUUCAAUCCAAUUUUAGGAGAAACAUUUUAAGGUAGAAUACUUGGAUGUCCUAUUUAUUUGGAAUAGACAUCUCAUCAUCCUCCAAUUUCUAAUUAUAUAAUGUUUGGAAGAGAUUAUAAAUUAUAUGGAUCUUUUAGUCCUAUAGUUAAUAUGGGUUAUAAUAGUCUCUCUGGAGAAUAACAUGGCCAUUCUAUAGUACAUUUUCAAAAUACUAAUUUAAAAUUUUAUUACAUUAAUCAACCAUUUACAGUUUAUAAUAUUAUAACUGGAUAAAGAAAUGUGAAUUGUCAUAAACGAAGUUUCUGUUUUUAACCUGAUCUAUAAUUGUGUGCUGUUAUAUAAUUCAAUCCAAAAGAUGAAAAUAAAAGUUUCUUUUCUAGAUAAACUACUCCAAUAGAUCAUUUCUUAGGCAAAAUUUACAAAGUAUCACCUAUGUGUAUUUAACGUUGUAAAAUGGCACACAAAACUGGAUCAGGAUUGAAUUUAAAAUUAAAACUCAGCAAAGAAGAAAUCUUAGAGACUUAUGAUUCUAUUAGUGGCCGAUGGACAUCUCAUUUAGACAUAAAUGGCUAAAGAUAUUGGGAUAUUAAUAUACAUAGGUAUUUACUAUUAUUAAUCUACUUAAUGAUAGACCCUAUGUGUUAGAAUUAGAGUCUAGACCUUUACCAUCUGAUUGUUUAUAUAGAUUAGAUUUACUUCUAAUGAAAAUGAAGGAUAUACAGAGAGCUUAAGAAACUAAAGAAAAAAUGGAAGUAGAUUAAAGAAAAGAUUAAAAAUUAAGAUAAAAAAGAUGA